CAAGACACUCUCCGUGGUAGAGUGCGGGGUAACUGUCGGUCUGUCCCGAACGGAGGCGACCGCUCUUUGCUCCUAUAUCGGGAAGGUUUCCGCCUCAUUAUAUCAUUCUAUCCCUUCUUCGUUUCUUCCAUCAACAACAUCCAUCUCAAAAAUGCCUUCAACAUCAAUCUACCAGUCUGUUAUUUAUCCCGGCAACCACGAAAAGUUGGACAAGCCUAAGGAUACGCAGAAUUUCAUCGACAACAAACUCGUCUCUUCGAAGACGUCGUCAUGGAUCGAAGUUCAUGACCCUGCGACAAACAAUGUCAUCACGCGUGUUCCUGAGAGUACCAACGAUGAACUUCAAGAAGCAGUGAAAUCAGCCAAGGCUGCGUUUCCGGGAUGGAAGAGGACGAGCAUUAUUAAGCGUCAGCAAAUAAUGUUCAAGCUGACGCACUUGAUCCGGGAGCAUAUGGAUAAUCUUGCGACAAGCAUCGUCACGGAGCAAGGAAAAACUUUUGCUGAUGCCAAGGGCGAUGUUCUUCGUGGACUGCAAGUUUGUGAGACAGCUUGCGGAAUCACUACUCAGCUCGGCGGGGAAGUCCUCGAGGUUGCCAAGGACAUGGAAACACGCUCCUACCGAAACCCAUUGGGUGUUGUUGCAGCCAUCUGCCCCUUCAAUUUCCCAGCUAUGAUUCCAUUGUGGUCUCUUCCUGUAGCGACCGUCACUGGAAACUGCAUAAUUGUCAAGCCAUCGGAGCGUGAUCCGGGUGCGGCUAUGAUGAUUGCAGAGCUUUGCAGAGAAGCUGGCUUUCCACCUGGCGUCGUCAACGUUGUCCAUGGAUCAAAGGACACCGUGAACUUCCUUCUUGACGAACCUGAGAUCCAAGCUAUUUCCUUCGUGGGAUCCAACAAGGCUGGAGAGUAUAUCUACCAACGAGGAUCAGCAAACGGAAAACGCGUGCAAGCAAACCUCGGAGCAAAGAACCAUGCUCUUCUGAGCCCAGACGCCAACAAGGAUCACGCCCUUGAUUCAAUUGCUGGAGCUGCUUUUGGUGCCGCUGGACAGCGAUGCAUGGCGUUGAGUGUUUUGGUCACUCUUGGAGACGCGAAGCAAUGGUUGCCAGACCUUGUCGCGAAGGCGAAGAACCAUAUCGCUGGCAGCGGCUUUGACUCAAAGUCGGAUUUUGGACCUUUGAUCACUCCUCAGAGUCGCGAUCGCUGCAAUGCCCUCAUUACAAGCGCUGAGAAGGACGGUGCGAAGAUUCUUCUUGAUGGUCGAGGAUACAAGCCUGAGGGUUUUCCUGAUGGCAACUGGGUCGGCCCUACAGUCAUCUCCGGCGUCCGUCCUGACAUGGAAUGCUACAAGGAAGAAAUCUUCGGCCCUGUCCUCCUCUGCAUGGAAGAAGAAACUCUCAAAGACGGCAUCGAUCUCAUCAACUCCAACGCCUGGGGUAACGGAGCAGUCAUCUUCACAAACUCUGGAGCCAAGGCAUCUCUCUUCCAACAAGAAAUCGACGCUGGGCAAGUUGGCAUUAACGUGCCGAUCCCAGUUCCCCUGCCCAUGUUUUCUUUCACAGGAAACAAGCGCAGUGUGGCUGGAACUGGUCUUGCCAACUUUUAUGGAAAAGACGGAUUGAGGUUUUAUACCCAGUGGAAGACUGUUACUUCGCUUUGGAGGGCAGAUGAGGCGAGCACAGGAGAGAAGUUGACGAGCAUGCCUACCAAUUCUUAGGUGUAUGUUUCGGUGGUUUAUCAGGGCAAACAGUGCUUAUCUAGACUUCAAUCAAAUAUUUCCCAGGAAACUCAUAGAUACUUUGUGACGCGCAGAUUCGGAGUCAGUAGCGAAUACUGGGGAGCCUGGAGAGCUGAAAAUACCCCUGUCCGUGGCUGCAUACUCAUUGCAAAGCAUUGGCUCAGAGCAUCCGUCACUGCAGGGAUUAAUCGAGGCCAUCCUGUCAGCAAGCACAAUCCCC